AUGCCUUUCGGAAUACUUGACUCGAACCGUCUGGAACAUGUCCCAGGGACCUCGCUCCUCGAUAAGGUAUUCGACAGCAGCAAUAUUGUGUCCUCCAACCUGAAACGUGGGACCGGCAAGAACGCGCACAUCGUAAUCGGACCUCUGCUCUCAGCAUCGGCUUUUAUUUUGUUGCAAGAGUUCCAGGUCGGCUUCACCCAAAUCACAUUGUUGACAGGCUAUCACCUUUGCGCGGUCGGUGCUGCCGGUAUUUUCAUUUCAACAUUAUGCUACAAGUACGGCAAACGCCCCGGGUUCCUCUUUUCUAUGACCUUCGCCUUUAUUAGCACGGUAUUGGGGGGUGCAUCUCAGUCCUAUGACUCUCUUCUAGGAGCUAGAAUUGUACAGGGCUUCGGUGUGUCAAUGUUUGAAUCUGUUAUGUUCGCCGUGAUUGGCGAUCUAUACUACGUUCACAAGCGUGGCAGUCGCGUUGCUGCCCUUACAAUCGCUAUUUCUGGACUUGCGAACGUGCCGGCUUGGCUAUCUGGUGUUACCACGCAGAACUUGGGUUGGCGAUGGAUGUUCUGGUUGUUGGCUAUCUUCAUGGGUAUUGCCCUUGUCGCGGUCAUCCUCUUUGGAUGGGAGACAGCUUUCAACCGAGCAGCAAUUUACAACACCGAUACAAGCUCUAGCAAUGAGAUUACGCACAAGGAGAAGAUUCCAAAAGCCGACCUUGCUGCAAAAGAGAAUCUAGUACCACGAAUCUCGUUCGCCAAACGCCUUCUGCCAUUCAAUGGCACCUACUCCUCAAAUAGUAUACCUCUCAUGCUCAUUCGACCAUUCACUAUUCUCGCCAAUCCCGCA